AUGUCGUCGGCACGGACGGAGCGGCGCCAAGCAUUGAACGCUGUGCGUGCUGCCGGCGGCACUCCCAGGCCCCGAGCCAGAGCCCCGACCGUCUCUGGCGUUCCAUGCGACUGGGACUACCUGCGAGGCGUGUGGGUUCGGCCGGAUGGCGACGACUACGAUGCGAGAGUGGCAAAGGCAGAGAGGGCGGAGGAGCUGCGGUGGCGGGCGAUGCAGAGUGACGGCGACCCACACCUCGCGUGGGCACACGAAAAUGGCCUCGUGGGUCGAGAGCGUAUCAAUCGGUCAGAUGAGGCUGGAGACUUCACCGGGCUGACUCGGCCGACUCGGAAUCUCUUCCAGACCGCGAGGGCGUACCGUGAAUGGGCUCGUGAGCUGUCCGAGACGGAUGCCACAUGGGAGGCCUUUCAGAGGAUGCGGCUGGCGAGGCGGCUCGCUCGCCACCGUGCGUUGCACGCUGGGCAGCGCGACCACCACGUCGAGGGCGCAGGCCGGCUGCUGCCGUGCGAGACGACGGCGUUGGAUUCGUCGCGCGUGCAGCCAGCCAUGCGUGAAAGCCUGCCAUUGCUGGAUCGGAUGCCGGCCCUCGCACGCCGCACGCCGCUGACACCGACGCUCGCGGUCUUUGAGACGUUUACAAUGGAGAAGGAGCCGCGCCAGUACCGCGACUCCUCCUCAGGCCAGAUGAGGACGCGUGAGUAUAACGUGCGCUCGUGGGCAGCCGCUCCCACCACCGUCGGUGCGGCUCGCGUCCCACGAUGCCCGUCGGAGGCUGAGGGUGUGCAGUACCGCCGGCUGUGCCUGCAGAACGCCACGUGCUUCAACAACCUAGAGGCCGCGCAUCCGAUCAACUUUUUCGAGCAGCGCGAUGUGUGCAUGAACUGCGGCGCGGAACGCUUCACCGUCACGAACCCGUCGAUUUGCUGCCAGAAUGGCAGCCUAGUGCUCGACCGGCAGCUGCCCAACGAGCUGCUCUCGCUCAUCAGCGAGGCGCCAGGGUUUUCGAAGCAAUCGCGCGCAGGGAACGACCUCUUAGACGAGAAGAGAGCGAUUUCUUUGUUUGGUCUUUUAUACUACAUCGGUUGA